UGCCCCAGGCCCAUCCCCUGUCACAGCUGCAGCCCCUGGGCCUGCUAGUGGGUCAAGGCUUGCACCUCAGAAGCCCAGUGUGGUUCUCUGCAAGGGCAGUCAGGAGGGGCAGUUCUCAACUAGCUGGGGAAACCUUAUUUCGAUGGUUCUUAGGAGUCACCCCUUCCCCAGGCCAGAGAGGCCCCAAGGGACAGUCCCAAGGGCAGCUCUGGAGAGCCCCAGAGAUCCCAGCACUUCCACACCCUCUGAGAACAGAGAGUCUGGCUCUUCCCCUGAAGAGGCCGUCCCCAGCCGUGAGGACAGGCAUGGCUCGGCUGGACUGGUCACAGGGGCAGGCACAGGGGGCCUGGCUGAGGCUGGAGCUCGGCCAGAGCAGAGCAGCACCGAGACCAAGGAGGCUCCCACCGCAGGCCCUCCCUCAGGCCCAAGAGGGGAGAGAAUUGAGGAGAAACAUCCAGACUCGCUGCCAUCUGGAGCUGCAGAACCCAGGGCCCCCUCACGGCCACCGGAGCAGACCCAGCCUGGCUCUGCACCCUCCCCAGUUACAAGGCAGGACUCACAGCCUGUCCCCCGGCCACGGAAACGCAGCUUGUGCGAAAUAUCCCAGAGCUCUGAGCGUGAGGCCAGCCCAGCGGCCCCAGGGCAGCGCCGAGGACAGGAGCCCGGGGAGGGGCCCAGCCCUGCAGGCAGCGGGCAGGUCCUCACUGAGAAGCAGAAGGAGGCCCGAAAACUCAUGGUGUUUCUGCAGAGGCGGGGGGGCUGGGGGGUGGUGGAGGGGCCCCAGAAGCCCAGAUCCUCGGCGGCAGGGGCUCUGCAGCGAUGGCUGGACCUGGGCAGCUGCCUGGAGGCACUGGCCUUUGCCCAGCAGCACGGGGACCCCCGCCUGGCCCAGAAGACCUAUGCCUGGAUGAGUGACAAUCUGCUACACGUGCUGGGAGACCCGAGCCUCUACCGGCAGCUGAGUGGCGCUGACCGGGAGCGUAUCCUGAGCCUUCGGACCAGCCGGGGCCAGGCGGUGCUGGGGGUCCUCGUGCUGCCCAGCCUCUACCGGGUGAGCCGCUCGGGGCUCACAAGGGACCCUCGUGGGGUGGAAGAAACUCACGCGGUGCGGCCCGUGCCCCCGCCUCCCCGCACGUUCCUGUACGUGUUCCACCCCCGGGAGAACGCGUGGCGGCCCCUGACCCAGGUGCCCCAGGAGGCCCCGCUCCGGGGCUGCGGUCUCUGCACCCUGCACAACUAUCUGUUCCUGGCGGGGGGCAUCCGUGGAUCCGGUGCCGAGGCCGUCUGCUCCAACGAGGUCUUCUGCUACAACCCUCUGACCGACAUCUGGAGCCAGGUGCGGCCCAUGCGGCAGGCGCGUGCCCAGCUCAAACUGGUGGCGCUGGACGGGCUGCUCUACGCCAUUGGGGGCGAGUGUCUGUACAGCAUGGAGCGCUACGACCCGCGCACGGACGCCUGGACCUCCUGUGCGCCCCUCCCUGCAGGCAGCUUCCCCGUGGCUCACGAAGCUGUGGCCUGCCGGGGGGACAUUUAUGUUACCGGCGGCCACCUCUUCUACCGCCUGCUCAGGUACAGCCCCGCGAAGGACGCGUGGGACGAGUGCCCCUACAGUGCCAGCCACCGGCGGUCCAGCGACAUUGUGGCUCUGGGGGGCUUCCUGUACCGCUUCGACCUGCUGCGGGGCGUGGGCGCCGCGGUGAUGCGCUACAACACCGUGACAAGCUCCUGGAGCCGGGCCGCCUCCCUGCCCCUGCCCGACCCCGCCCCGCUCCGCUGCGCCGUGCUGGGCAACACCAUUUACUGCCUCAACCACCAGGUCACAGCCACCUUCAAGGUCUCCGAGGGAACCGCCCAGUUCCAGGCCAAGGAGCUAAAGCCUUUUCCCCCGGGGGCCAAAGGGGUCCUCUGCCCAUUCAUCCUGACGCUGCCCCCCGUGGACCCGCUGCAGACUGCCCUCUGAGUGGCUGCUGGAACGCCAGGGACUUCAGCACUGCUCUCCGGGGAGACCCUGGGGCGGAGUCUGAGGGCAGGAGGGGCACAGGGGCCCCUUGUUCCCGGGACAACUUCCCUUUUCUGUUCUAAUAAGGCUCCUGACUCCGCCUUCCACCCGCUCCCCUCCCCUAAGCCUGUCCCCUCAGAGCCCAGGCUCCCCGCACCUGGGAGCUGGUCGCUGGGUGUCCCUAGCCUGGUAUCCUACCUCCCACCACACCCAAGCUGCUUCCUUCCUCUAGGACUUAAUUCCCUCUCUGGUUACCCAGCGCCUCUGCUGGCUCACCCACCCUCCUCCAGACAGAGAUCCUCUCUCACAGCACCACCCCACUGCCUGGGAAUUACCUGCCUGUGGGACUCCCUGGGCUCCGAGAGCCUGACGUGUCCCUGGGCACCAGGACUUGGCCCACUGAGGAGCCUGGCAACCCCUGAGCCGAGGAAGGAGAUGGCUGGGAACACAUUCUGCUUCCUAGGGUCUGUCCCUGGGGCUCCAGGCCAGGCAAGGAGCCCUCAAGGGGGUGGGAAGGGGGACCAGGGAGCAAACAAGUCCCCAGGAAAACAUCCUUGCCUCUGGGACUUUCUACCUGUCCUGAGGCCUCUGGGAGCCUGGCUGGCUCUCCCCUGGAACAGCUCUGAAGCCCUCUUUUGUCUGACUGACCUCAAAGGCCUAGAACCCUUGUCUGUGAAAGCGCCCUGCUGGCUCUAGCCCCUGCCCAGACCCCAGCCCAGGCCGUGCAGGACCACUCAGCUCAUACCCCUCUGCAGCCUGGUGGGGUCUCUCCUGCCGGCUCAGCCCCUCCAGAAGCCCGCGCCACUUCCCGCCAGCCCCCUUCCUAGGUGAGGCCUGGGUUUCGCCCUCGUUCUGCCCCUUAUUAGCUGUGUGGAUUGGAAGAGACAUCUAACAUUGCUUUUCUUGUCUGAAACGGGGCUGUGAGAACAUCAGGACACACUCGAGAGUGCCCAGCCUGGUGCCCCAAAUACACAACUGGAUAACUAAUGUUCCCCCUUAUUCGCUUUGGAACUCACUG